CUUUGUUUACACAAAAAAUUUUGCUUAGAUUGUGUUGUUCGAUUUAGUUAUUUUUUCUUUUCUUAAUUUUGCAUUAAUUUAUUUAUGUAAUUUUAAAAUCUACAUAUUUGGCAAACAAAUGAUAAGAAAAUAGAAAAUAUUUUUUUGGCUGAAAAGUUAACUUGUUGUGUAUAGAGUGAGGGUGGGUGAGUUUGUGUGUUAUGGCCAAUAGGGAUUUGGAAGUGCUCGAGUUAAAGCCACCAACAGCAAAUUGCUUUACAAUAACCAAUUCAAAUAAUAAUGAAAUUACACGUUUAAGCAUAACAGAAUUAUCUUACAAUGAUUUCUAUUGGCAAUAUAUGGAAAGAAAUUAUCCGGUAAUAUUAAGAGAUGUAUCGACACAAUGGGAAUGUCGGCUUAAUUGGAUUAAACCCCAAACACAAGACUUAACACUAACUGAAAAUACCGAUAAUACAUUUGUAAAGACUAGAGUAAACGGCAAAACUAUUAAUUAUGACUACCUCAGGGAAAAAAUAGGCAAUUGUCAAGUACCCGUGGCUAAUUGCAAUAUGGAAUACUAUAAUAGCCAUGCCAAGUGUGAAAUGUUAUUUUAUGAUUUUCUACGCUACUGGCAGAAAAAGCAAGAAGAUUUGUUGGCUGCUGGAACAACGACGACAGAUUUAAGUAAUAAUGAUAAUAAAACUAUAACCACCGGAGAUUUACUCUACCUCAAGGAUUGGCAUUUGAAGGCUCAAAAUGCUGACUAUGAUUUUUAUAAAGUUCCUAAAUAUUUUGCCUCCGAUUGGUUAAAUGAACAUUUGGUGGCGACAAAAAGUGAUGAUUAUCGUUUUGUUUAUAUGGGACCAAAAGAUACCUGGACACCCUUUCAUUCGGAUGUUUUUGGCUCAUUUAGCUGGUCUACUAAUAUAAUGGGCAUUAAGAAAUGGCUUCUCCUGCCGCCCGGAGAAGAAAUAAAACUCGGCGAUAAUUUGGGCAAUUUACCAUUUUGCAUUAACGAAGAAAUGUUGGAUAAAAAAUAUAUCAAAUAUUUUACUAUAAUGCAAAAGGAAAACGAAUCUAUAUUUGUACCUAGUGGCUGGUAUCAUCAAGUAUGGAAUAUAACCGAUACCAUAUCCGUAAAUCAUAAUUGGUUCAAUGCCUGUAAUCUUCAGCGUAUUUGGUACAACCUCAACAAUCAAAUGGAAAAGGUUAUUAAGGAAAUUGACGAUUGUCGACAAAUGGACAAUUUUAUGGAACAUUGUCAAACAAUGCUGCGUGCUAGUUUCGGUCUUAACUACCUCGAUUUUUUACAACUAUUGGAAUGUAUAGCAAACAGACGUUUAAGACAAUUCAAUAACAAUACUGCCUCCGCAAUUCUAUCACCGCCAUCUCAAGGACUGUGUUCAUUCGAUUUAACAACAUCUACCCCUCUUAUAUUUUUUGAUCAAUUUAUACCCAACGAAUAUCAUGUUCGUCAUGAUCUAGAGCGUAUUUUACAAGUGAUUGAAUUAAUGUUACAGGAUUCAAUUGUAUGUGAAGAUCGUACUGUUUUAUAUCGUAAAUGUAUACAUUUAAGGGAAUUAUUAUCAACAACGGCAUUAUCAUUAAGUCUGAACGAAAAAAUAUCAACAUCAUCGUCAUCAUCAUAGGGAAUGCUUAGACUUAAGCUGAUUUUAUAUUUUCCUUUUUUAAUAAUUAAUUUAUUUGGGAGGAAAUUGAACUCAUUGCUAAAAGUUUAAUUAAAUAAUUUUGUGUGGCAAUUAUACAAAAAUUAUUUCUAUGCCGAAUAAUAGUCAAAAUCUAAAUAUAAUUUGUUGUUAUUUUGAUUAGUUUUGCCUUAAAUGUGCAAUUAUAACAAGUACUGCAUAAGUCCACUUAUUUUAUUAUGCUUUUAGCUUUGGGUUAAAUUUUUAAGUUAAAAAUAAGGUAAAAAUAAUAUAAUAUUAAUAAAAAUUGAAAUAUUUUUAUACCAA